CUAUUGGCUGAACCUCAUCAAUAGUUAUCAACAGAUUCUCUAAUUGGACGGUUGUUUUGAUUUUUUUUCGUUCAAUUUAAUUACAGUUUUUAUUUAUUUUUAAUUUUUGUUUAAUUUAUUAAUAAUAUUUGCGUCAAAUUAUUGUUUUUGUGUUUAUACUUGAAAAAAAAAAAAACAAUAUUGAAUACCAUUAUGUUCGGUUUAAUUAAACACCUUGUUUGUAUUCUAUUGGUUUUGCAAUUCGCUUUGGGUGACUUGUUAUUCCCCGAAUAUCAAGCUGUAGAUAAGAAAAAAUCCAAUUUAGCCGGUCGCACUCCUCUAUACGCACCUUCUCGCUGCAAACAACACGAAUUGCUAUAUCCUGGUGAUCAAGUUAAUGACUGGAUUUGUGACUGUGCCCCAGCUGCUCUAUACCACCCUGAAACUGAUGCUUGUUAUCCUGCCUUCCGUAGAGGACCCUGUGAGGAUGGAGAAUUCUUAGUCUUGGGUGAUAAUGCCGUAUUACCCGUAUGCAUAGCCAACGAUUGUAAAGUCGAUGGUCAGAUUAAAAUUAAAGGUGUUUGUUAUGAAUUUGGUAAAGCUGGAGCUUGUAAAGAUUCCCAUCUCUCCUAUGUAAUUGGUGUUAAUCCUCAAACUUUACACGUGGAUUGUGUUAAAUUGUCCAUAUCAUUGGAAUCACGUUUUGGUGAAGAACCUCAGCAUUCGUAUGACUUGACCAAUGUCGAUUUAUGUGCCCGUGGUUGUAAGAGAGCCAUACAGGGACGUUGUCCAGGACGGAAAUAAAGAAACUGGUUUUCUCAAAUAUUUUUUUUUAACAAAAAUAAACUAUUAUUAUUUAACUUUAACAAUAUAAAUUUAAAAUAGA